AUGGUCUCUAGGAACUUACUUUCUGUGUGUUGCAUUGUGCUUUUGAACAUUCCCAGUUUAAGCAGAGGCUUCCCUUAUGGUGCUCCUUCAUCUGUUUGCGAAAGCAUGAUGCCCAGACACUCUGGAGUUGUGCCACAGUCUAACACUGCGCCUUACACCAUUGAUACUGGAGCAAGCACCUACCAACCCGGAAUGCCAAUACAAGUUCAAAUAUUGGGGCUGCAAUAUCAUGGCUUCAUAUUGGAAGCUCGUAAGGAUAGAAGCACCACUCCACUGGGAUCCUGGCAAGACCCACCUGAAAACACCAAAUUGUUACAGUGCUUUGGAAACCUAGGAGCUGCAGUUACUCACUCAAACAUGGCGUCCAAGAAUAAUUCCACCACAUUUGUGUGGAUCCCUCCUGAGUCAGCCUGUCCUGAUGCUGUUAAAUUCAUGGCAACUGUGGCUCAAUCUCGUGAAAUUUACUGGCUUGAUGUCCAAUCACAACCUUUGACCAAAGCUGCAGGAAUUGCAUGUUGUGCUACGAAGAUCGCCUAUGGAAUCAGCAUCAUCACUGCACUGUUUUUAUGUUCCUUUCUGAUCACCGGAUACGAUAAUUAA